AUAUGGAUACAAAAUAUGUGCCCGCGAUGUUUUAGUACAAAAUGGCGGACGUAGGAAGCUUCAAGUCUUGGAAGACUGUUGAAAAAAUUAACCUUGACUGUGACUGUGACAGCUUUUUUACAGCAAUUCAAGUUUGGAUCGACAAGCCUCAUGUUGUUAAUCGUAGACUGAAUGGUAGCGUGACCGUCAAGCGUAUUUACACUGAAAGUUCAUGCGUUAAAACAUUGUUGGAUAAAGCAGAGCACGUGAAAACUUCUAAUUUUUCUUGGGACCAUUUUCUUGACGAAUUACAAGCGAAAUCUUCAUCAGAAGGGAGAGGGUGCACGGAAGAACAAUUAGACUUUGUUGAGGUUUUGUGGAGGCGUUUAAUUCCAAGGCAGUUAAACAGGAAUUCUCCACUAAAUGAGCUUGUUAUUCUGGGUAGGUCUCAAAGGGAAGUUUACUUUUUGCCACUCUACAUUGAAGACUGUAAAGAAAACCCCUCCCCAAGUAAACGAAUCAAUUUGGAUCAGGGGAUGCAGUCUUACAAGAUUGUUUAUCUUGCUGAUCAGCCUGGAGAAAAACGAUUACAACUUCAGGUUUUUACUAGUAACCAUGAAAAUUAUGAAAAUCAGCAAGGAGAUGGUGUCGUCUGCCCAUCAGUCAAGUGGUUAAGAGAGCAACUCUUAAUUAAGAUUAAGAAAUGGGCGGAGUCUCCUGCUUGCAAGAAUACCAAGGGGUCCCUCAGACUGAUCCCAAUGGAAAAGUAUACCAUGCUUUACCAAAAGAUGAAGGAAAAACAUGGAGAAAGAUUAGUCAAAUCUUGGCCAGAAUCCACCGACCCUCAAAAAUUUGUUUAUGAGGAUAUUGCAAUUGCUACAUAUCUUUUGAUUCUCUGGGAAAAUGAAAGAGCUGAGAAAAAUCUUCUAAAGAAGCAGUCAUUUGUUGAUCUUGGAUGUGGAAAUGGACUACUGGUGCACCUACUUACUGCAGAAGGACAUGCUGGUGAAGGUAUUGACGUGCGGAAAAGAAAUAUCUGGGAUUUUUUUGGUCCAGAAACCAGGCUAAAGGAACAAGCUCUCGAUCCUACUGCUUCAGGCCUGUUUCCUGAAGUGGACUGGUUGAUUGGAAAUCAUUCUGAUGAGUUGACACCUUGGUUACCGGUCAUUGCUGCAAGGUCUUCCUACAACACACGUUAUUUUGUGUUGCCCUGCUGUUUAUAUGACUUUAAUUGCAAGUUCGUCCGUAGGAACAAUAUUUCACAGUAUAGGGACUACCUCAACUACAUUCAAGAAGUCGGAACUGCUUGUGGGUUUUAUGUCGAAGAGGAUGUAUUGAGGAUACCAUCGACAAAACGAACGUGUCAAGUUGGCAAAUGUAGGGCGUAUUCUGAAGAGGAGCAUCCGAUCAUGGAGGUGCGAAUCAAAGAUAUGAUCCGCAGUCGAGGAUGUGACAUUGACAAAGGACAACAACCACAGACUAUAUCUCAAGGUCAAGAAGCCCACAGAAACGAGGAAAGUAAUGAUUACAGAACAGAAUCAUUAGCUAAAAGAGGUACAAGUAAUUUAGCAACUAUGUCUACUGACUUGAACUCACUCGGGAAGGAAUCAUUAACUUCGUGCAAUAAUGAAGGGGACUCAAAAAAGGGAAUAUCACCAGACUUCGUGCCUAGAUCCUCGGAAAUCCUAUCACGUAACUGCUCCCAGCUACAGAAGGCAGUGAGAGAGUUUAUGGUCAGCAAAGUAGCUGAGGCGCUCUUGAGUGCUCCUCGCUUGAUUGAGAAAGUCAACUCUUGCGAUGGAAUUACAAGUACAGGAACACCUAUCCAAGACUGGAACCCUGGAGGCAGGUUAACGCUAUCGGAAAUCGUAAAGAUAUUCGACAAGGAAACGCUUCAGCGACUUAAGAGCGAGUGUGGUGGUAUACAGACGUUGCUAAGAAACCAUCGAUAUGUCUUUAAAGUUGUGAGCGGCACGGUAGAGCUCAGGGACUGGCGAGUUGAGGUGCCUGGACCCAAGAUGACGGGCCGAGACCCUGCUUAUCUCCAACGGCGUUACGAUGCCCUGUACAAGACGACCACAUGCUGGUUCCAUAGUUACCAUCCCGACGGUUGCUGCUCUAAGAGAUGUCCAUAUGCCCACGGCGAGGACGAGCUUAGGGACCGGCCAUCGGCACAGUACCUUAAGGCCGUGUGAAGGUGAACAUGAAUCAUUUUGGAAUAUUAGUUCCUCUAGGGACAAGCACGUUAUAGACCUUAUAAUGGUGGACUGGUUUAUCUUAGAGGUAUUAAUUUUACACUAAGGACAAUUGGUCAGUAAAGUAUUGACCGUGGUGAGCUGAAUUGGUUUACAUUAAUUCCCCAUGGCCAGGUAGACAGCAAAUUGCUAAUUAAUUCCCCCUUAAAACCUCAGCAUUCAGUAUUUGAAAAUAAAGUCAACUUCAUCGAAA